UUCCAUGUUUUCUAUGGGGUUGUUUGGUGCCGGAGAUGAUUGCGUUAAUUGGGUUUUAUUGAUCAUCUGGGGACUCCAUGUUGUUACAUUGAAAGGCACUCCUGGUCUGAAAGGUUGGUGAAGGCUUGUCUUCUUGGUGUCUUUGUCUCGAAAUUACCGAUAUCGGACACGGAAUUUAUUUCUUGUCGCAAAGCGAAAGUAAAUUCGGCUCGCCCUCACGAUCUUUAGUAGGCUUCAGAAAAAAGAAAAUUAUUGAAAAAAGCAGCGUAAAGAAUUUGUCCUCGAUCUGUUAAGCUGUCAUUGUAGGGGAACGUGGCUGAAUAGAAUCUCAGAACCCGCUCUAUUACGGGAUAUAUAGAUAAAAAUAGAUCCAGUCGAGAUAUUGUCUGGAGUUCAGGGACUGACGGAGCGCCGGGGAUGAUUCCAGGGCUAAUGUCAUGCACCGACUAUAGGUCCAUCGCGAUGCUGCUUGUGGGUUGCAGUGGAACAAGCAGCCGUCUUUGGCCGCCACAUUUAGUAUUUGUGGGGACAAUUAUAGUAUUCCGUCAUCAGGUACAUGUAGACACGCGCGGGAUUAUGUGGUGGACUCCGGUGCAUGUCUCCAUGCGCCGGGGGAGGAUGCCAGUUGAGUCAUAUUCGGUCGCGUGCUUGAUGAGAGAUGUCUCACAUUGAUCACCAGCUCGGCAACCUGCAAUUGGCGUACUGACAUUGAGAGCCCAGAUUAGGUGCGGUGUCAUAGUCGCUGCAAGAGGAGUUGUUGGACUGCAAAUAGAGCUUGGUGUACACAGAAGGUUUUUGUCUUUGCUGCGUACCAAAUCUUCGUCUGGUAGCUCUUUGUGUAGUUGGUUGGAGGUGAGGGAAGAUAUUGUUGCUUGAGGGAUUCGGGUACAUUGCUUCUCAGAUAUGGAGCUUGAUGAGCGGAAUGUUUGAGUCUGCGGAACUAGACUUAAUCUGCGGAAAAGUGGGGAAUAGCGCCAUGAAGUCGAAGUCGCCAACCCGGGGUCCCUCCCCAUCACUGCGGAACGGUAAGGUACGAAAAUUUGCGCUCGAGGGGCUUGCAAGAUUGUCUACAGAUGUGUUUUCGGAGAACGGCCUGGCGCAUAUGUCCAUCUCCGAGCCUAUUAAGCCUUUCGCUGGCGUCGUAAUUUGCGUAACCGGCUUCUCGCGAGCGGCUCGUAAGGACGUGCAGAUCACCACAGAGCGUAUGGGGGGCCAGUACAGCCGAGACCUCCACCUCAACUGCACACAUCUUGUCGUCCAAAACUGUAGCGGUCGUAAGUAUGAGCACGCUGUAAAGCAUGGCGUGCACCGGGGCUUACACAUCGUGUCAAUGGCGUGGUGGGAGGACUGUGUGCAACACUAUGCGCGACUGGAUGAAUCAAAGUACACGGUGUUAAGAAAUCAUCCAGUAGGAUCUGAUUUCGAGCACCAGGAGUUGCCCGAAGCUGUCGGUAGUAGUAACCGACGGAAAUUGUCGUCCGCAAACCAGGACACGGAAGCAGCUAUCUCCUUUGGCAACGCUGUCAACAGCUCCGGAGGCUCCUUGAAGAACUCAUCCAGCAUGUCGCGUACUCCACAUUCUUCUCUCGCUACUGAUAAAUCUAGUCAUGCCCUUGCUGGUGCUCGGUUUUACAUCGAUUCAGAUCUUCCACUAGAUUUACAAUUGAAGGCUCAAGACGCAGCGGAGUCGUGGGGUGCUACGUGUGUAGAGAAUUGCUCCAAGGCCACCCAUGUCGUCUGUGAAUGUGAAACCAUCUCCAAGUACAUUGGUCUGAAUCUUCAUCUCGUCUCUCCAAUGUGGGUCAUGUCUGCUCGAGAUGGCUUCCCCUUGCGCUGUGUGCAAUAUUCAGCAGAUCUUGCAAGAGAUGUGGCCGACCUUCUUCUGGAAUGGAGAAAGGAAGGGAACAGCACCAAAAGUUUAUUCGAAAAAGACACUGUGGUUCACAAUAGCAGAGUAGCAGAGGCCACCCUGCAAGAAAGAGAGAAGAAAGCAUACGAGGCAAAGGCAGGGGUUCGUCGAAGACGAGGACCUCGAAUGCAGCCUUGUAGGACACUUCCUCGACCAAACACGCCGACUAGCCUGUUGGACUCGAUCUGCUGGGUUGUUACAGAGCCCCCUGCGACUGCUCAAGUUUAUACAAAUAACUCAGGAAAGGAGGUGCCUGAGAAGGGCAAAGGUUUAGAAAACAGUCUAGGGUUUAAACUUCAUAAUGAUCGGUACCAUAACCCCAUGGACGAAGCUUUGGGUACCGAGGUCUACACUAAACCUCUUACUCGAAGUGAAAGUCGUGAGAUUGUGUUCCGAUGCGCCUUCUUGACCAUCCUCUUCCCCAUCGACCGGUUCUCCGAGCUGGGACCAUCGUCAAGGACCUUUUUCAGUGAAUCAGGCUUCACCAAGGAGCAAAUUCUCGACCUCGUCUACGCAUUUUAUCAGGAGCCUUUGUCACCAUCCGAAGUGGAGGCAGCGCUUCACACCGACUCCAAGCACGCGGAUCGGUUACGUGGUUUGUACGCCUCCAAAGAGACCGACGAGCUCGGGUAUGUCCCGAUGAUGCGAUAUCAGUUCAUUGGCAGCCGCUUGCAAUUCGAAGGACUCAAGCGAUCCAACCAAGAUCCAACUAGUCAUGUCUACGACCUCUGGCUGGGGUCUUGAACACAUCGCUUGCUGCAACUUCAGUGAUUGAAUUGCAUGGCCGGUCCCACAGAAUCCUCGAAGCUGAAAAUCAGUGAUCGCAUUUGGUGCUGCAACGUAAUCUACAAAACUGUAUACAUAUCAACAAAAUAUGAGGGAACACUUGGUUACUGUAAACUAGAGUUCACAAUGUUCAUUAUAGUGCUGUUUUGUAAAGCACUCCGGUGUGGUUUCUUGUAUAAAUUAGGGCAAUUUUGUUGCACAAUUGCCCAUGGCAAAGUGAAAACUAGUGUAGAUUUUCAUAGUGCAUGUGGGUAUAACUGCAUUUUUGUAGAAAACAAAUACUAAACCUGAGUAGGGAAAUGUAACCUCUUGAACAGUAUAAUUAUUGAUGGUGAUGUUAAGUGCUAUGUAAGGAUCAUGGAGGUUGUGGAAAUAUCGAACAUUUUUUCUUUUUC